AUGUCGAUCAUCAAUGCUCUAAAAACACUAUUCACAACUUCAAAUCAAGUAAAAGUCAAUAAUAAUAAUCAACAAUUUGUAAGAGAUGGUUUGAUAAUCGUCAUAACAACAGAGGUCAGUCAGUUCUUUAGUGAUUGUCAAAAAUGGUUGACAAAAAUAGCUAAAUCGAAUAUCACCUCAAUAGAGAUUACUUCUACAACCCAGAGCAUUCAAUGUCCGUACCCAUCGAGCAUCAAGGAGAUAAUAACUGAAUCUCAAAUCAAUGUAGAUAUGUUACCGAUUGGAUUGGAAAGGUUGAAAGUUAGAGUAUUGUCAAUUGGCGAUAUUCCAGAGAGCGUUACUCAGCUGACGAUCGAGUGCAGACACUCGUAUCUCACAAUCUGCCGAGCAAUGAUUCCUUCCGCUGUUAAAUAUCUAAAUCUACAGGGUUUUGUCGAGUUCCAAAAAGAACCGUUGGCUUCACUUGAAUAUUUGGAAACGCUACAUCUCAAUGUAUCAGCGUUGUAUGAACACACAGUAGCCAAGUUUCCACCGAAUCUCAAGAGCCUAUUCCUACCAUACCACAUAAUGAAAUACAGUCAAAACCAAUUGGUAUUUCCUGAGGGGUUAGAGUUUUUGCAAACAAGUAGUGCAAAUAGCGAGAUCAAAGGAUUAGAAAAAACAAGACUCAAAACCAUCCAUCUACGGAAUUCUUCAAUACUAUCAGUAACGAAAUUACCAAAUUCACUCGAAACAAUCAUAGCUGGUACGAUUCCACAGAAUUGUUGGCCACCAACCGUAAAGCGGAUAGAGCUGAAUGUCUCUGAUUUCUGUGAUAUACAGAAUAUUACAAUGAUUCCGAAAUCGAUUACAACAGUCAAUAUCUGUUUCAAUGGGAGAGCCAACGAAUUAAGAAGAUUAUCAGAUAGAUCGUUUUUAGUGAUUGGUGAUAACAAAGCAUCUAUAAUUCAAUUGAAAUAUUUUAUUAGAUAUUUAUUUUUGUGUAUGUCAUUGUCUGUAUAUACAAUUGAUAAAGUUCCUAUUGGUGAGGCCUCUAUUUACAAUUAUAUUCUUCCUCAUCAUAUUUCAAAUUCGGUUAUCGAAUUUACAGACCAAGGUGGUAAACUCUUAAAUGGAUAUCAAGUUAUCACCGAUAGAACUAAACACAUUUAUAUUAGAGAGCCCAGUGUUAGGAUCUAUUGGGACGAUUCGGAUGAUGAUCCAGUUCUUAUUGCCGACCAAGGUAUAGAUUCUUUGAAAAUCAAAGAUUCUCUAAAGUUGGUUUCUUUCGAUUUAAAAAGAAAGAACGAUGUAUCUGGAAAAGUAGUAUUGAGUCCUUAUAUAGCUGGAAGUUAUACACUCAUCAAUUAUGAAAAAAAAAAUGUAGAAUUCAAAAGAUUCACUAUGAUUCCAAGUCAAAUAGUGACUGGAGCAGCGAAUCCAAAUCCAAAUACAUUCUCAUGUACACAUCUCAAUGAUGAGAUCUAUUUUGCAUAUUCAUCUGGUAGAAACGUCUACAUCCUAAGAGGUGGUUCGCUCAACGUACUACAAGUAUUGACCGGUCACAAACAAGAUGUAAACUGUGUUGUAUUUCGUACUGGUGAUUCUUUACUAUUAACUGCAUCAUCAAAAGAGAUUUAUCUAUAUAAAAGAAUUGAUAAUAAUAAAUGGGAAAGAUUAUUGGUAAUACCUAAUCUAUUUGAUAUAAAUACAAUAUGUUGGUUGAGCGCAACUAGUUUUAUAGUGGGUGGAGAGUUUCUGGCGAUUUGGAAGUUGGAAUUCGAACAGAUCAUGAAGAGUUACUCGUUGCAAAAGUUACAGGAUCAACAGCAUCAAUCUACUAGCUAUACCACUAGAAGUGCUAACGAUGCAAUGCGUGUCGAUGCUCGUGAGCAAAAGCUAUUUAGAAAGCAGGCCUAUGUUACAUGGCGAGCGGACUGUUCGCAACCGAUCUACUAUGUGGCGGCUGCACCGGACGGUUCGAUGUUUGCCACCGCCGGAAAGUGUGACCGUAUGCUCAAGGUCUGGUAUAUCCAGCCAAAGAUAAAAACGCGUGCAUCCGACGAAGAAUCUGCAGCGGCAGUCGCAGCAGCAGCAGCAGCCGCCGCAGCCAAUGCAGCGCUCCACGCACAGCCAGUUCGCACCAAAGGAUUCUUCAAAGAUGAAUUCAACAAGUUGACCAGUAAAGAACCUAAAUACACAUUAAAGAAAUCGACUGCAGUUGAAAUGGAUGAUGAUCAACAACAGCAACAACAGCAACAACCAACUAUUCAAAUGAAUGCUAGUAUAUCUUCACCAUUGAUAUCUUCACCAAUGAUUGGAGGUGGCGUUGGUAGUUUAGCAAGCAAAAAGACUAAGAAAAUAGAGAGUGAUUCCUAUGGAUUUAUUUAUCUUCCGCAUCCACGUGCAAUCUCUUGGAUAUCGUGGCGUUCUCGUAGACUGCAGUUCAACGUAUCCAAUAUUAUUCCAGCAGGUGCCGAAACUGUAGAUUGGAUAUUUUCACUAUCUCCACAAAGAGAUAUAAAUAAUAAUAACAAUAGCAAUAGCAAUAGCAAUAAUAGUAAUGGUAGUAAUCAAGAGAGUGGAACAAGUAAAACAGAUAAUAAUAAUAAUGUAGACGGUCAUAACGAUAUCGAUAAUGUUGAACUGAGUAAUAUGAAAACACCUAUCAUGUUGAGACAGAAAGCGAUCGCUCAGUUGGCCAAGUCGAAACCGGUUGUCGAUUGGAUAUUGGGAAUCAAAGCUGAUGGAACACUGGUUCUUUGGAAGUUGAGAACCGAUAAUUCAUCGAGUAAACAGACAUCGUCUAUUUCACUAUCCAUUAAAGCACAGAUUCUAUCACCACAAGAAGUUGGACCCAACAGAAUCUUUGCAUUAUACCAACCAAAUUCAAUCACUGACAACACUCCUUCCACCAUUACCAUCUGUGUCAAUUCUGUAUCCGGUGCCAUAUCCUGUAGAAAAUUCUUUAUUCAAAAUCAAAAUCAAACUCAAAUCACCAAUACGUCACAUACAUCAAGAUGUUUUGGACAUAAAUCAACGAUAAAGAAACUUAGUGUUUCAAAUUCAUCACCAUAUUUAUCAUCGAUCGAUCGAAACAAUAGUAUUAUAUUGUGGCAUAGUUGGUCGGAUUCCAGUAGAAUACAGUGUCCUUAUCGUUUGAUAGAUGCAGGAUCGGUUGGUGGCAAUGUUAAUUCUCUGGCUUGGUCACCGACACACAAUUACUUGUUCAGUGCAAGUAAAGAAGGUAUUCUCGUCUACCAGAUGGAUAGUCACGAGCAUAAUCAUCGUUUGUUAAAGCUGCCGAUUGGUGUCAUCGAUCAGUCUAGCUUUGAGGGUGCCGACGAUUGGAUCGAAGAGGUACAUGUCAUCGAACCACAGAAACACGUAUAUCCAAAGGAAAUGUUGCCACUGCACCAAUAUUUCAUUGUUGGACUCAGUAAAGAUGGUCAUCGUAUCUAUGUUUGGGGUGUUUCCAUUGAAAAGUCAACACUUCAACAACAGCGUAACCUUGAUCAACAGUUGAAUGGUGUCAUUCCAAUAUCCACUUCCAAUGGACAUGUUGCCAACACCAAUCCAACUGCUGCUGUUGCUGCUGCCACUACUGCUACAACUGCUACAACCAAUGCCAAUACGAAUGUCGCUACUACUAGUACACCUGCUUCAGUACUUUCCGCUUCAACCAAAGAAUGGAACAAGGAUUUGUAUUCUUCGGCUACUGUCAUUCCAGCCAGUCAGGGUGGUUUACUUCAACACUCGACAUCCUCAUCUACACCACCAUCGCUGAUCUCAUCGAAACUACUUGCUGUCAAAGAGUUGGAUAGUGAAUCUCGUAUCUCUUGUAUCUGUGCAGCACCAAAAGGUAUCUCCAAUGGUAUAUCAACGAAAUCACUCUACGAAGGAAUGUUACCAGAUCAAUCAGCAACACCAACCGCCACCACCACCUCUGAAACUGCCAAUAGCGAUACUUUCUCAUCGUCAUCGACCAAAUCAAAGUUCUCUUUUGAAAAUAUAUUAUCUCAUCCCAUUUGUAUUACCGGUAGUAUCAGUGGUAAUAUUACUGUUUGGUCUUUGACUCCACACACCAAUCCAGAGGAUACUUCCACAGCUGAUUCUCUCAAUCCAAUAUGGCGUCUAACUGAAACCUGUAGUUAUUCAGCGUAUCAGCAUCCAGUGGUAGCUGUUAAACCAGCGUAUUUCGGUCGCUUUGCUUCGACUCCAUUCACCACUUCACCCAACCCCGAGAUUCACAUCUGGGAGCUUGAAUCCAACACACCCAAACUUCAACUGGAGGAAACCAUAAAGUUGGGAGAUCAUUCCGAGCAGUCUGGUUCCAUUUCCACUGUUGUUUCACCAAAUAUCAAUUCGACAAUGGAGAUUCCAAACGAUGAAGAUUCCACCGGUAAUCAAUGUUGUUUCAGCUUCACCUAUUUCGAAGACGGUGCAGCUAGUCUUGCCGUUGGAUUCGGCAGUCAGAUUCGCGUACUCAGAAAGCCAGUCGAUAGAACCAUUGGAUCGUACAAGAGCUCAUGGAUUGAGACUCACCGUUAUACCGACUUGACUUCGCCAGCUCAGAACAUAGAGUGGGGCAAAGACUUGGAGUUGUUUGUUACCAGUGGCAAUCAGAUGUUGGUCUUCACCAAAUGGAUGCGUCCAAAUCAGAACCUAAUUUCACUUCUCGAUGGUACCAAUUCCAAUCUGGAAACAACAUACCACCAACACUCGAUUUUGAAUCGUUCACUCUCCUAUUACCACCCAAAGUUGCUCACAGAGUAUAUGAUGGCCGGUAAAUUUGAAAAGGUUGAAAAGAUUCUGAAAUAUAUAUCGGCAUAUCUCAUUAAUCGCUUCCCGAUCGACGACGAUGACUUACCCGAAUUCCCAACACAUCCAAUCCAUCUGCCAUAUAUGAAGUUGGAGGAGUUGAUCUCCGACGACAUGGUGGAAACGACCGACAAGAAAGCAGGAACAGAAGACGAUAUCGAUGCGAUCAACAGUAAAUACUUUGCACGUGACAACGAUAGCGAUGAAGAAGAUCAAUUCACGAUGAAAGACGACACCAAUAUCUUUACAAAGAAACAAGCGGCUCAGUUGAACGAAAUCCUAUCGCACGUUAAAUUGGCUGGUUUGUUGAAUAGCGAGCAAAUCCAAUUGUUGGCACUUGCCGAUACCUAUGGACAAAUCGGUGAGAUGCGUGGUGGUCUCGACGAGAAUGGAUCGAGAUUCCUUUUGGUGGUAAAGAUCUUCCAGUUCUUGAGACGUUCGCUCAAUCCUCAGGAGCGUCCCACCUCGCUUUCCGCCACCGAUCUGCUCUGGGCACUUCAUUCCGAGGCACAGGAAACUAUUCUUCAAAAUUGUUUCCCAUCCGAACCACUCUGGGAGGAUCUCAAACAACUUGGUGCUGGUCUGUGGAUCAAGUCACCAAACACCUUGCGUACCACCAUUGAGAAGCUUGCCAAGACAACCUACUUGAUCAACAAAGAGCCAAGUGAUUGUGCACUCUACUAUAUCGCAUUGAAUAAGCGUGGAUCCCUCAUUGCACUACACAAAGCCUCCAAGAAUGUCAAGCACGUAGAGUUCCUCUCUCAGGAUUUCACUCAACAAAAGUGUAUCAAUUCUGCCGCGAAAAGCGCUUUCCUCUUGCAGUCCAAGCAUAAAUACGAUUUGGCAGCAUCGAUGUUCUUGUUGGCCGGUGAUUUGAAACAGGCGAUCAACUUGAUUCUUCAGGUCAAAGGUGACUUCCAACUUGCCUAUGUGAUUGCCCGUCUCUUUGAAGGUGACGGUGGAGCAACAUCACAAAUGAUUCUCCAGGAUCACGUCAUUCCACACGCCAAAAAGACAGAUGACCGUUGUCUUCUCUCCAUUGCCAAUUGGCUCAGCAAGAAAUAUGAAGAUUCACUCAAAGUACUGUUGCCAUCGACCAUCAUCGAUGAUACUCGCAAAAAGUUGGACGAACACCAAACACAUUCACCUGCUAUCUCUCUUAAUAGUUCACGUUCAUCGCUAACACACACCACCAGUCCAAAACCAAUGAGUAACGUACCGUCACAAACGAAAUCGAUGAACAACAACGACAUCUCUGCACAUCUCAAAGUGUCAGAGAUGGGUCCUUCCGUAUUAUAUUUCUUUAGAUUCCUAAAGAAUCAUGUACUUCUCAAACAGGUCUCUGACGAGAAGAAAAAGGAUGCACCGUUCCUCAGAAGCAGUACUUACUCCUAUCUAAACAGCGGUUGUUCCUAUUUGGCACUGGAGAAUAUCGAAGAUCUCGAAGCAACACAUCCUACAUUGGUUGCUCCGACCAUCAUCGACGAAUCACCGAAACUCGAGGAACAAAACACACCAAAGCCAAUGACAGCCGACGAUCUUGGUUUGGAUUUCGGUGGUACCUCUACAUCAAGAGUAUCAAACGAUCUUGGUUUGGAUUUCGGUGGUGGAUCUACUUCUAGUUCCUAUUUCAAUACAUCGUCAAACUAUGAUAUGGGAUUAGACUUUGGAACGACCUCUAGUUCCUACGUGAAAUCCAAUGAUAUGGGUCUUGACUUUGGUGCUCCAACCUCUAGUUCCAACUAUUCCUCUUCAAAUUAUGAUAUGGGAUUGGAUUUCGGAUCGACCUCCAACUCCUAUGUCAAGUCGAACGAUAUGGGUCUUGACUUUGGUGCUCCACCUACAACCACCGCCAGUUCCUACAUGGGAUUGGACUUUGGUGAACCAACCGUGCCGACUCCAAACAUCGUUGUCAACGACCAAGAGUUGCUGUCAUCGCGAAAGUUGAUGAAGCACGACCGUGAGAAGAUCUCACUCUAUCCGAUGAUCGACAUUGAAUUGAAAGCCAAGAUUGUCCUACAGCUUCUGAUACACGAUAUCGUAGCAUUCAUCGAAUCAAACACAUGGAAGGAGAAUCAAUCGAUAUUCGACCAUAAUCUAAACCUUCUCUCUGAGAAAUACCGACUUGACCGAACAUUGAUAAUCGAUCGACUUAUUCACUAUUGCUCGAAUCGUCAGUACUAUAAGCAAGUCGUACAUCUCACUUCUUUGAUUGGAAAGAAUCCAAAUCAUUUCUUGGAUACCACUUGUCACAACAUUUUGAAAUCGAUAUUCAAAACCAGUGAUUACAUUCAAAGUCAACAACAAUCGGAAUACUUGAUCAAGUUAUCAUUAGAGUUAUAUUCAUGUCUAGAAGAUAUUCAACAAACUAGUGUAGUUAUAUUCACAAUAUAUAUUAUGUUAUUCUUAUCAAGUUGGGGUAGAUCAAGAUUCGAUAUAUUAAUUUUAAUUUUCCAAGAAAAAGGAUUACCUGAAUUAAUAGCAAAUGUUCGAAAGUUAAAGAAUCAAUACAGUGAUAAUCCAAUCAUGGAUGAAAAUGAUGAGGAAGAAGAUGAUGAAGAUGAUGAUCUCUAUAAAGAUAAACAGAAAUUAGCUGAAGAAUUAUUGGUUAAGAAAUGUUUACAAAAGAUAUUUGAUUUAUUCUGUUUAAGAAAAUUCAAAAAGAUGUAUGAUUUAAUUAUUAAUACUUUAGAGUAUCAUCAAGUCUAUGAUAUCAUUCAUCAGAGAAUUCAUUAUUGGUUUGUUUCCAUUCAGAACAAAUUCCUCACCGCUCCACAUCAGAUCUUUGAACUCUUCUACAAGAAACCAAACCAAGAAGCUGGUCCUAACCUCUUGAAGUUGGUCAAGAAAUUCAGAGAUUUCAACACUGAAAAUCAUGUCGAACUUUGGAGUUCGAUGGUCAAGGACAAUGAGUUGCUAGAGCUACUCUCGUUCAAGCUGAUACCAGAGGAUCAACGUUCAAGCGAUGCAAUGAAGCAAUCUGGACAAGCUGCAAGUGGAAAGCGUAUCAAGUAUGAAGACGUCGUUGAACUCUACAAGGACAGUGAUUUACUACAAUCAUUCUGUGUGGAUACCAGUGCACCAGAGAUUCAGGUGGUUGCCGUUGCCACCACCAGAGGAAUACGUGAGAUCGAUCUCAAGCAAUCACAUGAAUCAUCGCGUGACGACUUUGAUAUGGAUUCGGUUGGUGGUGCCGACACCUUCCUCUCACCAACCAUGACAAAGAAGCUGCGUAUCUCCUCCAAGUCAAUCUCGACUCUCAAAUUCAAAAACAAAUCUGGUGUCUUUAAGAACCCAUUCUCCAACUCUAAGCAGGUCGAUCACAAUAUCAUUGUACAGUGUCUAGAGUCUCAUCCGGAUUCGCCAUACUAUCUCUCUGGAGGUAUCGAUGGAAGUGUUUGUUUGUGGCAGUUUGGAAUACCAGAGGCAUUGGCUGCCUAUCAACUCCCGACUAAACCAAGAAUUGUAAAGUGUAAAUUUAAUCAAAGUGGUUCCAAGUUUGGUGCAUGUGAUAUGGCCGGUAACAUUAUGUUGUGGCAAUUCUCUGCACAGGAGAAUACACUCAAUCCUUUCUACACACUACAGGCACACUCGAAACAGUGUUUGGAUUUCACAUUCUUGAAUGCCGGUAGUCUGUUGGCAACAGCAGGUAUCUCUGUCGAUUCAAAGAAGGACGUUUGUCUUUGGGAUGUCUUGUUACCACCACACAAAUCUCUGGUAGCGUCUUACAUCGAUCAAGAGAGUGGAGCAUCCUCGAUAACCUACUCGCCAAAGAACCAAACCGUUAUUGUCGGUGGUAAGAAGGGUUCGCUCACCAUCUACGAUAUCCGUACCAACAAGACACUCGAUAACUUUAAAGGUCAUUCUUUGAAUACUAAAUCGUUAGCACUCGACCCAACCGAAGACUUUGUUGUAUCGGGUUCAAGCGACGGAAACAUAAAGACAUGGUCACUUCCCUCGAUGACCUGUCUCGACACCAUAGAAGAUGCACACAAAAAACAAACAUUUGUUGGUCCCACAAGUGUAUUCAAGAGUUUAGUUAGUACAUAUGGUGUUAUUCAAGUUAAAAUUGAAAAUAACAAUUUAUAUUCUUGUGGUGCAGAUGGUAGAUUAACAAAGAGAAAAUAUUUAUAUAAAAAAUAA